UUUUUUCACAACAUUAGGUAAUCAGCAACUAAAUUUUAUUUUUCAUUUUCAACGCCGACUCAAAUUGGUCAUUUUACCUACGUAUAUACAUAUUAUUGUUUAUCAUCUAUUCAUUUAUUCCAGAUUUCCAUGAAGAAAAAAUCUUUCUGGAUUUAUCAUGACGGAUUCACAGAUAUUCCUUUACAAGCAUUUUCAUUAUGAGUUCUCUAUUUGCGGGUUAGUGUUUACAUUAUGCUUAUUAUCAAUCCACGAAGGAUUUGCCAUAAAUUCCGACCCGCAUUUUGACUCAAAAGAAUGCAAUUUGGCAAAGUUGAAUCCAUCAAUAUCUUCUUUGAAGCCUGCAGAAGGGAUUCGUAGGGGAAUCACCAAUGUUACCAUUCAAGGUGAAAAUUUAGGCUGCUCACUCGAAGAUAUUCAAAACAUUUCAGUCGCUGGGUUACCUUGUACUCCCAAUCAACAUCUACAUAAUAUAUACAAGCCGUUUAAAGAGAUUGCUUGCACCAUUAACAGUACUACAUCAACAGUGCAAAAUGGAUAUGAGGGUCUAGUAGGAAUAUAUGUGAAUGGUACGUUCGCAGAAUCUAAACGCUAUUUCAAAUUUGUUGAUCCAAAAUUUGGACUUAUUCAUCCUAAGGAAGGCUCAGUGUAUGGCACUACCAAACUCAUUAUUUAUGGACAAAAUCUGAAAGUUGGAACUGUUGUCAAAGUUUUCAUUAGUAACAUAAGGUGUGAAGUAUUUUAUUGGGACCAACGUGAAAUAAAAUGUAUUACUCAGCCAUCUUCCAUCAUUAUGGAGGGUAAUGUUACAGUAAAAUUUGACGAUAACGUUCGCACGACUAACUUCAUUUAUAAGUAUAUUAACGUUACUCGAGAUGAAAACGGAUGCAAUAUUAUACCAAAAAGUAUCCCUGCUGGGGGUAUCAAAAUGCAUAUACAUGAUAAUAUAGGCCCGCAUAUAUCAUCAAUUGGUGAAAUGAUUUGCCAAGUGAGUUACAAUGGUCAAAAUUAUAAUAGCUCGAAAUGUAAAAAGAAGAAUGCCAUUUUGAUGUCUUGUUUAUCUCCUCCAAUCCCAGAAAUUGACAGCGAUUCGAUAGAUGUAGAAAAUCCAAUAGUAUUGAACUAUGCGUUAAUAAUCACACCAGAUGAGACAAAUGCUAACACAAGUUUAAUUAAAAUGGAUUCUUUCAAGUUUUUUCUGUACCCCAAUCCAAUUUUUUACAAUUUUUCUAUCGCUGAGCAUGAUGGAAAAUAUCGUGUCACUAUCCGAGGGAAAAAUAUAGACGAUGCCUGCCAAAUAUCAGAUUUUAAUGUAUCGAUGGGAAACAGUAAUUGCACAGUAAUGUUAAUAUCUCGAAGUGACCUUAUUUGUGAUCUAUCAAAAUUUGUACGAAUGCAUAGUAAUUCUACAAAUACCAUGCAGCGUAGAGAUGAUGUUCUUACUGUUCAUGAAAAUAUUACAGUACACAUUGGAAAAAAUCUUCAUAAGAUUGUCCCUGAGGCACGUUCACUAUCAGUGCAUGAAAAUAUUACAAGUCCCAUCGGGAACCACUCUGUGCAAUCUGUUUCUGAAAAUCUGUCCUCUUCAGAGAAAAACAAGUCAGACUGGCCAAUGAUGAUAAUAGUUUAUACUGUUGGCGGUUCUCUAACAAUAAUCCUCCUCACAACGUUAUUCAUAUUUUUUUUUCGUCUUUGGGUUGGGCGAAUGAUAAAUGCGCAAGCAACUAAGGAGAUGGAGCGACGUGUAAAUGCGCAAGCAACUAAGGACAUGGAGCGACGUGUUAAUCAAAUGUGUAUGGAGACAAUAACUUUGCGACAAUGUAUAAAGAAAAUCAUUAUCGAAAAUGAAAUUGAGUUGGAUGAAAAUUCAUUAAACAUGUUGAAAUUGCCGAACGUAACAAUGGAAUAUGCUCCUACUUCAGAAACCAGAAUUAUGAUUGAUACAUCACCAGAGACAGAAUAUCAUGUACCAAUAGAUAAUAAGUGGGAGUUUCCAAGAAGCAACCUUUGUUUUGGAAAGUACUUAGGAGAGGGAGAAUUUGGCAAGGUCGUCACAGCAGAAGCAUUUGGUAUCCUUCAACAAAACCUCACCAGCACUGUUGCUGUUAAGUCAUUAAAAAAUCGUCACUCUGAUGCAGAUAUGAUUGAUUUAGUAUAUGAAAUGGAGAUAAUGAAAUUAAUUGGAUCACAUGUCAACGUUUUACAACUUUUGGGGUGUUGCACUCAAGGCGGAGAAUUACUCAUCAUAACUGAAUUCGCUCAACAUGGAAAUCUUCGUGACUUUCUUCGAAACUAUGUACCUUCUUCUGAAGAUGAACUUAUACCCAACAAUUUGACUAGGAAAACAUUACUAUUGUUUGCUCAACAAGUGGCUAAUGGAAUGGAGUAUUUGUCCUCCAAAAAAUGUGUUCAUCGAGACCUUGCUGCUCGAAAUGUUUUGGUGUCGCAUGAUUACGUAUUGAAAAUAGCUGAUUUCGGCCUUGCAAGAGAUAUCCAAAAUAAAGGGUAUUACAGGAAGAAAACAAAAGGCAGAUUACCAGUGAAAUGGAUGGCUCCUGAAGCACUGAGUCAUGGUCGUUAUACCUCUCAAUCAGACGUAUGGUCAUUUGGCAUAUUACUUUGGGAGAUUUUGACUUUGGGUGCAACGCCUUAUCCUUCACUACAAAAUGUGGAGAAAUUAUUUCACAUUUUACGCUCUGGGUAUCGAAUGGAAAAACCUCCUAAUUGUUCUGUUGAGAUGCACAGCCUGAUACAGAAAUGUUGGAGUUUUCUGCCAAAAGAUCGUCCAACAUUUACAAUGAUUGUUGAUAAUCUGGAUGCUGUAUUAAGGGAUACCAAUGAUGAGGCACUUGAAGCUAUCUAUCUACCUGAUAGUGAACAAUGCAACCCAAGAGAUGUAGAAAAUCCAGUGGACUCUGAACCUGAAUCUGAAUGAACAAUUUCUCAUCCGUGCUGUGAUUCAUUACCUACUUAUCUAAGGUAUUGCCGCUGCUAUAGGGAUAUGCAUUUAUUGAGUAGGUACCCAGGUAAAGUGAAGGUUAAGUAAGAACAUAGUAUGCAUUAAUUUAGUUUUUUUUUGUACACUAUUAGCUCUAAAAGAUGAUGAUUUCUAUCCUUAUCUGUUUGAGAAAUGAAUGUUUCUACCUGAGUAAGUAAUUAUAUAACAGCUGUUUUUACACAUCCUAUGAGUACCUAUACAUACCUAUGUUUAUAAUUAUUUCAAUAAUUGAUUUCAAAUUCUAUAAUUUUUUUUUGUUGAAAUUUUAUACCUACCUAUAAUGUA